UGAGGGUGCGCACAGUGGGGUGACAGGCAGCCUUGCUGAAGAAAAAGUGCACGGAUGCCUGAGGUGGGAGGAUGUGAUGACGCUGUGCCCCCGCGCAGCGGGAACUUAGGCCUUUAAAAAGCCGAGGAAACAGCCUCUGAGCAAGCAGUGGCUACACUGGAGGAAAGCACACCCAGGUCUCACAUUAAAGAAGCCAAACUGUCUGCUUCAAAGAGAAAAGGCAACAUCCUGUCACAGGCCAUGCUCUGGCAAAAACCCACAGCUCCAGAACAAGCCCCGGCCCCACCCCGGCCGUACCAAGGCGUCCGUGUGAAGGAGCCAGUGAAGGAACUACUGAGGAGGAAACGCGGUCAUGCCAGCAGCGGGACAGCAGUUGCACCUACUGCGGUGGUGCUGCCCCACCAGCCCCUGGCGACCUACACCACAGUGGGUCCUUCCUGCCUUGACAUGGAGGUCUCUGCUUCCACAGUGACGGAGGAGGGGGCCCUGUGUGCUGGCUGGCUCUCCCAGCCUGCCCCGGCCACCCUCCAGCCCCUGACCCCAUGGACGCCCUACACUGAGUAUGUGUCCCAUGAAGCUGUCAGCUGCCCCUACUCAGCUGACAUGUAUGUGCAGCCCGUGUGCCCCAGCUACACGGUUGUGGGGCCCUCCUCCGUGCUGACCUAUGCCUCCCAGCCGCUCAUCACUAAUGUCACGACGAGAAGCGCUGCGACGCCCACAGUGGGGCCCCAGCUGGAGGGCCCAGAGCACCAGGCACCCCUCACCUAUUUCCCGUGGCCUCAGCCCCUGUCCACACUGCCCACCUCCACCUUGCAGUACCAGCCUCCGGCCCCAGCCCUGCCCGGGCCCCAGUUUGUCCAGCUGCCUAUCUCUAUCCCUGAGCCAGUCCUUCAGGACAUGGAAGACCCCAGGAGAGCCAUCAAUUCCCUGACCAUCGACAAGCUGCUUUUGGAGGAAGAGGAUAGCGAUGCCUACGCGCUCAACCACACGCUCUCCGUGGAAGGCUUUUAGGGUUGGCUCCCACCUGAGAAUCCUGUUCCCUGAAACUGGGAUUUAAAAAUGAGCCUGGGAUUGAGCCUCUGAUUCAUGUUUGUUUGGAGUAGCCAUUUCAUAACUACA